AUGCGCCCGGCCCUGGCCCACGGACUCUGCUCGCUGCUGCUCAGCCUCUGGGUACCCAGCUCCUGCUCCAAUGAGAUCCUGGGCCUGAAGCUACCAUCAGAGCCGGUGCUGAAUGCCAACACGGUGUGCCUGACCUUGCCGGGGCUGACACGGCGGCAGCUGGAGGUGUGCGUGCGCCACCCUGAUGUCACCGCCUCGGCCAUCCAGGGCAUCCAGAUUGCCAUUCAUGAGUGCCAGCACCAGUUCCGGGACCAGCGCUGGAACUGCUCCAGCCUCGAGACGAAGAACAAGAUUCCCUAUGAGAGCAUCAUCUUCAGUAGAGGCUUUCGGGAGAGCGCCUUUGCUUAUGCCAUUGCAGCGGCCGGCGUGGUGCACGCCGUCUCCAACGCCUGCGCCCUCGGCAAGCUGCAGGCCUGUGGCUGUGACCAGAAGCGCCGUGGUGACGAGGAGGCCUUCCGGCGCAAGCUGCAUCGUCUGCAGCUGGAGGCUAUGAACCGUGGCAAGGGCAUGGUGCAUGGCGUGCACAUGGAGCACAUGCCAGCAGAGACCCCUGGCCUCCAGGACUCCUGGGAAUGGGGAGGGUGUAGCCCCGAUGUGGACUAUGGGGAGAAGUUUUCCAAGGAUUUCCUUGAUUCCCGGGAAACCUACAGGGACAUCCACUCCCGGAUGAGGCUGCACAACAACCGUGUGGGCCGGCAGGUGGUAAUGGACAACAUGAGGAGGAAGUGCAAAUGCCAUGGUACCUCAGGGAGCUGUCAGCUGAAAACAUGUUGGCAGGUGACACCUGAGUUUCGCCUGGUGGGGUCCCUGCUCAAGGACCGCUUCUAUGGGGCCACCCUCAUCCGGCCCCACAACCGCAACGCUGGGCAGCUGGAGCCAGGCCACGCUCGGCAUCGCCGCCGGGCUGGCAUCAGCGAGCUGGUUUACUUUGAGAAGUCACCUGACUUCUGCGAGCGAGAACCAGCCCUGGACUCCUUGGGCACCCAAGGGCGCCUGUGCAACAAGACCAGCCCGGGCAUGGACAAUUGCGAGAGCCUCUGCUGCGGCCGCGGGCACAACAUCCUGCGGCAGACACGCAGCGAGCGCUGCAACUGCAAGUUCCACUGGUGCUGCUUUGUGGCCUGUGAGGAGUGCCGCAUCACUGAGUGGGUCAGUGUCUGCAAGUAG